GAAACUGUUUGUACUUUACUGUAUGUGCCUAUCUGCGGGGUUGUCUGAGCGGCCGGCGGUGCCAUUGCUGGGCCCAGGUGAAUUGCACUUGGCUCCCCUGCAGGGGUCAGGGUGGGGGUCAGGGUGGGAGGGAGCCCUGGGCAUGGGGAGCCCAACACACGGAGCCUUUCCCGCUGCUGUGGCGGCUCUAUCAGAGCUGAAUUCCCUGCUCCAGGGGGCGGGGAGACGGGGAGCCCCGGGACAUCAGUGAGGCUGAUGGGAACAAACUGUGGGACCGACAAGAAAGUGAGUGAGCGGGAGGUGAUGGGAGAAUGCGGGCACUCAGGUACCGAGGGGGAGCGCCGAUAAGUGUUGUUACUAUCAGGGCACCUAGCGCCUGGCUCUGCGCCUGGGCUAAUACUGCGCCAGGGGAACUCAGCCUGUGACAUUGCCGAGGGACCGAUAACAACUGACCGACUGGGCUCACUCGGAGCCGGGCAGGAGAGUUCCAGAGGUACCGCACCCCCGGGCUGUGGGUCCCUUCUCCUCCCCUCACGCCCCCAUCCGGCGCCUCGUCCUGGGCUGAAGCCCCCAAAGUGCUUCUCCUCCUGUUGCUUUCCCUCCCGGUGCCGCCAGCCCGGCAGCUCAGCGGGGAGGAGGAGGAGGAGGGCGAUGGAGCAGGUGCCGGAGCAGAGCCCCCCUUCCUCCCUCCAGAGCCGGCUGUGGAAGAGCCUUGGGAAGGCACGUAGGAGCAGCGGGAAGGCAGGAGGCGAGCGCCGCAGUGCAGGGACACCGUGUCAUUCCCCGCAGCCGGCACGGAGGGAGGAUUUGGCAGCCCCGGCACCGAUGCUUGAGGAGAUGGUUCCCGGCAUGAUCCGCUGGAGCGGACUGAAGGGGAGGAAGCAGAUGUUGGACCGGGUCUUCUCCUCUUCCCAGCCGAACCUCUGCUGCUCGGAAUCUGUGCAGCCCAGCGCCCCCUGCAGCAGCCCCGGCAGCAUCACCGGCACCCCGGAGCCUGGAUCUGCCCUUCGCCGCCUCAAAGAUCACCUUCUGCCGCAAAAUCGGGGCUCGCAGCAGGUCAGGGACAAGGAUGGAGACGGGCAGCACAAGUCCGGGCUCUCCGCCUCUCCUACAGCCGGGAAGGGGCACCGUCUGUCCCACCAGAAGAGCUCCUCUCUGCCCGGGACCGACUGUCUGCACCAACUGCAGCCCCUCAGCACCAAGGACAGCGACCUGGCACAGAGCAAGCCGUGCGGCCACACGAAGAACAACAACAACGUGGGGACAUGUACUACUGACUAUUCUUUCCCUAAUCUCGGAAUGUACCAGCUGGAUGUCACAUUGAAGAAUGGGAGUAAUUUAGCAGCACGUGAUCGAGGAGGGACAAGUGAUCCUUAUGUUAAGUUUAAAAUUGGAGGCAAAGAGGUUUUUCGGAGCAAGACCAUUCACAAGAAUCUCAAUCCUGUUUGGGACGAAAAAGUCUGCCUGUUCAUUGACAGUAUCAAAGAGCCUUUAUAUGUAAAGGUAUUUGAUUAUGACUUUGGUCUGCAAGAUGACUUUAUGGGUUCAGCAUUCUUGGAUCUCACAACAGUGGAGUUGAACAGUUCCAAAGAUGUUGCGCUGGAAUUAAGGGAUCCACAGCAUUCUGACCAUAAGUUGGGAACGAUACAUUUGGCUGUUUCUCUGUCUAUAAAGGACAAUGUCUGCAUUGAUUCACCGUUAUCGAUCCUCAAGUCAACAGAGCAAAACACAAUAAUAAAGAAGAACUGGAAGAGGUCGAGUAAGUUUCAGACCCAAAGUUUAAAGCUGUCAGACUUACACAGAAGGUCACAGGUAUCCAGAGGAAUAGUGAGCAUUACCCUUAUUGAGGGACAGGAGCUCAAAGCCAUGGAUGCUAAUGGACUAAGUGACCCCUAUGUGAAAUUCCGACUCGGACAUCAAAAGUACAAGAGCAAGACUCUUCCUAAAACAUUGAACCCCCAGUGGAGGGAGCAAAUUGAUAUGCAUAUUUUUGAGGAGCAAGGAGGAGUAAUCGAAAUCACUGUAUGGGAUAAGGAUGCCGGCAAGAGGGAUGACUUUAUUGGAAGGUGCCAUGUGGAUCUUUCAACAUUGAGUAAAGAACAAACACACAAGCUGAAGCUCAAGCUGGAAGAAGGAGAAGGAUGGUUGGUCCUUUUGGUGACCCUGACAGCCUCAGCUGCUAUCGCUGUUUCAGAUACUGUCGGCUGUUUGGAGGAUCAGAAUGAGCGUGAGGCAAUUUUCAGGAGAUACAGUCUUAUGCGAUCACUUACCAACCUUGAUGAUGUUGGUUUCGUACAAGUUAAGAUCGUCAGAGCAGAAGGUUUGAUGGCAGCUGAUGUCACAGGUAAAAGUGACCCAUUUUGUGUUGUUGAAGUGAAUAAUGACAGACUGAUGACCCAAACUGUAUAUAAGAACCUCAACCCUGAGUGGAACAAAGUAUUUUCAUUCAAUAUAAAAGAUAUCCACUCAGUCCUUGAAGUGACAGUUUAUGAUGAAGACCGAGAUCGCAGUGCUGAUUUCCUGGGCAAAGUUGCAGUACCCUUGUUGUCUAUUCAAAAUGGUGAACAGAAAGCCUAUGUCUUGAAAAACAAGCAGCUGACAGGGCCAACAAAGGGGGUCAUCUAUCUUGAAGUAGAUGUGAUUUUUAAUGCUGUAAAGGCAUGUCUGGGGUCACUGGUACCAAAAGAACAGAAAUACAUAGAGGAUGAGCCAAGGCUUUCUAAACAGUUACUGCUAAGAAACUUUAUUCGCAUGAAGCGCUGUGCCAUGGUGCUCGUCAAUGCUGCCUACUACAUUAACAGCUGCUUUGAUUGGGACUCACCCCAAAGGAGUCUUGCUGCUUUUCUGAUCUUUCUACUUGUGGUGUGGAAUUUUGAAUUGUACAUGAUUCCCCUGGCAUUGUUGCUGUUAUUGGCUUGGAACUAUUUCUUAAUCAUAUCAGGCAAGGAUACCAGAGCUCAUGACACGGUAGUGGAGGACAUGUUAGAGGACGAAGAGGAGGAGGAUGACAAAGAUGACAAGGAUUGUGAGAAGAAAGGGUUUAUGAAUAAACUCUAUGCCAUCCAGGAGGUAUGUGUGAGUGUCCAGAACGUUCUUGAUGAGGUUGCCUCCAUCGCCGAAAGGAUAAAAAACACUUUCAACUGGACAGUCCCAUUCUUAACCUGGCUGGCAAUUAUUGCCCUCUGCCUUCUCACGGCAGUGCUGUAUUUUAUUCCGCUGAGAUACAUCGUCCUUGUAUGGGGAAUAAAUAAAUUUACAAAGAAAAUACGGAACCCAUAUAUGAUUGACAACAAUGAAAUUCUUGACUUUCUCUCCAGGGUUCCUUCAGAUAUGCAAGUGGUGCAGUUUCAUGAACUGAAACCAGAUGCCAGGGAUAGUCCAAGCAAGAGGAAGAAAAAUAAUCUCGGCUAGCCAACUCUACGCAUCACGGAGAAAGGCAUCUGCUCGCAGGAGAUAAAAGAAAGCCCUACAGCCUCACAUGCAUUUUCAUUGUUUAUGUUAACUUUUUCUUGUAAUUUUUUAUCAUGAUGGAGACAAUUUGUAAAUAUUGUAAAAAGACAGAUAAACACUGUACAAAACUACUUUGAUAAAAUAUGGGAGCCUGCCUUUAUGCUGUGUGAAUGCUUUGCUCUGGCCGGUAAUGCUAUGCUCAGAGAAGAAUUCUUUUAUCAGCAUUCAGUAUAAUGUAGAUGCUGUCUUAUUAUAGUAGAUUGCAUAUGGCAUUGACUGCUGUUAAAUAUACUGAGAUUGGCUUUCCGAAGACGCGCAUGCAUGUAUGCACAAGCCAAAUAUAUCAGACCUAUAUAGAGUAAUUAUUUUUGUCUGUUGACUAAUAAUAUGCACUUUUAGAAUCAGUGCCUAAUAGGUUCCUUGUGUCCCAAAUAUUAGUUCACUCUCUUUCAUGACUUACUGUAAACCACUAUCCUGUAAGCUCUUCCUCUAGGUUUCCUUCAAUCUCGACUUUGGACAAUACAAAAUACCAGUGACACUCAAAGUAGCAAAAGGUUCAUAGUCAGUAGAGGUCAUUUUCAGAGCACAAUGCAGUGCAAAAAAUGCUGCCGCAAUAAGCCACAUUGUGUUCAGCCUUUGCCAAAUACCGUGGCCUCUGUGCUCCUUUCCUGAGCGCAAAGAUCUGCAGCUAGACCCUUAAAUAGAGUGCUGCUGCCUGGGUUAGGCAGAGCUGUAUCCAAGAGGGUGAGGUGCAUAGAAACAAUUGGCAGGAGGCGCAGGCCAGAACAGGUCAGGGUCAUGUCAGUAAGCUCUGCUCCUCGCAAUGGAUUUUCAGUCUGGCACAAGGAGCAGAAUGCAGUUUUGCCAGGACACAAGUACUUUGGUAAAGACUUUGGAAAAUGACCCCUACUGUGUGGCAUUUAUGUGUGGGGAACACACCAUAUUGCAAUGUGCUAAAUAACCGACAAUAUGCUGAGGUUUAGGCAACCUUGAAACAAGGACUUGGUACAGGACAUCUAAAUUAGGUUUAAAAUGAACUUCCAAAAACCUUCCUAUCAUAGUUUUCAACCAUAGAAUUACAGGGCCUAAAACGCACACCCACACGUUUGGUGGUCAGGUAGCCACAAGAAGAAAUGGGUCUAUGUUGUGGUUCAAAUCUUAAUUUCUGUACACAAAAACAGUCAACAUUGUAAUUAUGGGGGAGCAGAGACCUGCGGUAAUUUGCACAGAGUCUAUCACACUGCAGAUCACCCCUAUAAUCUCUCAUCCUCCAUUGGAACAAAUGCAAUACCACUUUAUUUCUUCCAUAGACAGAUAUAAAUCAAUCGCAAAGCACAUUCUGUCUGAUUUGGUUACAGAAAUCAUUUCUGCAAGCUGUUGCAAACAUCGACCAUAUUCUUAUAUUUAGUAGAAUUGAAUGUGUUCUUGCAAGCAGCAAGGUGUAAGACUCACAGUCUAGUUAUUAUAUAUAAUCAGGAGUUCCAGUGCAAUAGCUAAUGUAAUGUCACUGCAUUACACAUUGGGGCCUGUAUAUAAAUCUGUAUAAAAUGAUUCAGGUUGAAAAGAGUGUAAAAGGUUCUGCCAAAUAAAUGACAUUUCUAAA